UUUAGAGUCACCUUUUGCUCCACAGCAUUUCACGCUGGAACGACUUUGCAUGCUAAAUUCGUAUUGAGUUUUAUUACCGUGUAACAAGGACGUGUUUUGCUAGUUAACGUCAGCUGUCAAUCGGCCAUCUUUCUUCCUUGCAGUCAAAACAAACCGUUCGUGUUAACGCCGCCGUUUGCCGAUAGAUGGCGCGGUCACAGCGCUGUGGUUAAAAAGAGAAGGUGUUAUACGGCCGUAACGAAGUGCCUGAAUAGAAUAGACGAGCCCAACAAAUGGUUCCGGUUUAGUGUUGAGAAACCUCCGCGCGGGAAGGUUGUGUCGCGCGCUUUAACCACGCGGCGUGCGUGAUCCAAAAUAAAUACCCAUCUGUCCAAAUAUUGUGCAAGUUUUUUUAUUGUUUCCCUAAACAAGGAUGCGUGUGUGUGUAUGACCUAAAAGUGACAAGUUUAUUUUGUGUUUUCAAGUGCUAGUGUUUUGUUUUUGUUUAGUUCUGGAUUUAUUGGAGUUGCGAGUCUGCAGACGGAUUUGUAAAAGCACCCACAAUGGCGCGAUGACGUGAACAAUGCUGCUGCAACAGGCCUCUCCGUCGCCUGGACCCAGCGGCACCAGCUCCCCCCACCCCUCACCCCGCCCAAGCAUCCCCCGCUCCCCCCUAAGCGAUGCAAGCCCCAGGGCCAGCCCCAAGUUUGCGAGUCCUACGUUGGGUGCCAAAUUCGGGAGCCCCACGCUGGGCGCCAGUCCUAAGUUUGGGAGCCCGAAGUUCAAGAGGACGGCGGUUGAAGAUGAAGCGGCGUUGGAGAGGAUACAAGCGGAGUUGAAGGAAGGAUGGAGCGUGCAUACUGGGAGAGAGGGGAGACUGUAUUAUUGCAACCACAUCACGCAGACGGCAAGCUGGCUGCCUCCAGUAGAGAGCUGGCCCAGCUCCAGAGAUGGCAGUAGAAGCAGUCAGGAACCAGAAGAAGAAGAUCUACCAUAUGGGUGGGAGCAAGCGUUGGAUAGUCGGGGGAAGCCUUAUUACAUCAACCAUGUGAACAAGACGACAACGUACGUGUCACCCGAGGGUUGCUCCUGCGAAUCCCCACCCGCGCCGCGUGACGUCACACUUGAAAGGGACCCGGAGUUGGGCUUCGGGUUCGUAGCGGGCUCGGAGCGGCCCGUACUUGUUCGCUUCGUCACAGACAACUCGCCCAGCGUUGGAAAGUUGGAGCCCGGCGACCAGAUCCUGUGCGUGAACGGCGCGGACGUGUCGUCGGCCGCGCGGGAGCACGUGAUAGCGGCCGUGCGCGCGUGCGCCGAGCGCGUCACGCUGCGCGUGUGCCAGCCCGCGCGCGCCGGCAACCCCGCGCGCCGCUCGGCGCUACUGUCGCACGCUAAACGCGCCAGGUUGAGAGCUCGUCCUCCUCGAGUCCGAUUUGCGGAUUCUGUGCAGCUAAAUGGAGCCCCCAUGUACCCUCCUUCAGCCUUCUCUCUCGGCGACCUCUGCCUUCCCCCCAUGGCCAACGUCCUCAAAGUAUUCCUCGAGAACGGACAGACCAAAUCCUUCAAAUACGACACAACGACCACAGUUGCUGAUGUUGUGACCAGUUUGAAGGAUAAACUGUGUAUAGUAGCUGAAGAACACUUUAGUCUGGUGGUGGAACAUGUGAAGAGUGUGAGGAGAAAUAAGCUGACGCUUUUGGAUCCUAAGGAGUCUUUAGCUAGAAUCGCGUCUCGCCCCGGCUCGCACAAGAUGCGUUGUCUGUUCCGGGUGGUGUUCAUGCCGACGUCGGCGGCCGAGCUGGCACAGAGAGAUCUAGAGGCGUUGGACUACUUGUACAUGCAGUGCUGCAACGACGUGGCCCAGGAGCGGUUCUCGCCGGAGCUGGCGGCCGACGCGGCGCUGCGCCUGGCCGCGCUGCACGCGCACCAGCUCGCGCUCGCGCACGGCCUGGCGCCCGCCAAGCUCUCCGUCAAGGCCGUCGAAAGAGAAUUCGGUCUCGAACGCUUCGUACCAAGUGGUCUACUAGAAAGUAUGAAGCGGAAAGAAAUUCGACGGCUCAUCGGACACUUCCUCAAACUGAACUCACAGAUGACGGGGAGCCAACGACAGUUAACGCAGUUACAGGCGAAGCUCCACUACUUGGACAUCGUAGCUGGUCUUCCGAGCUACGGCGCCAAGUGCUUCGGAAGCACCAGACCGGAACGCGUACUUCUAGUAUCUCCACGCUUUGGCCUGAGUCAGAUUAUCUCUCGUGCUAACCCUGGGCCUCAACCAAUAGCUUCUCUGGAAGAAGUGGAAGGUGUCCGCGUGAAGCGCGCGGCUGCGGGCGGCGCCGACGUGGCGGUGUUCCUCGCGCGGGACCGCGUGCUGGCGCUGCUCAUGGACGAGCGCGACGCGCUGGAGAUGCCGCUGGUCAUCGCCGGAUAUUACCGUUUGGCUACGGGCAAAGAACUGAACGUGGAACUGGAGAGAGAACCAAUCACAGAGGACAUAGCUCCACCUUACCUCUCACAACAUCAUGUGGUACCAACGAAAUGGAGUUACCUUCAUUACGACGAUCCGGUCGUUCUCACGAAGAAACACUUCGCGAUAUUCACGAUGCCUCCUCCAUACCAUUCCACGCCCGACCAGGCUAAAGCGAGCCUAGAUACCAACAUGAAUUCCAGCCUUACCAACAAAAAUCAUAGUAACAACUCCAGUCCGUUAACAGGCUACGAUUCGAAGCCAGGAUUGUUAGGCCAUGACGUCCAUUUCGAGAAAUGCAAGAGAAAUGAUGACUUCAGACUUUUCGAUCCAAACGAUGCCUGCUAUUUGGACGACGGGAUGGGUUUCGACCUUCAAAGCGUUCUAUCCAUGGAACUCUUAGAGAAUGCGAGUAACAACCCGAGGCUUGUUGAAGCUAAAAACGAAGAAGUGCUGCGAAGAGUCGCCGAAAUGCAGAAAUUAGUUGAGAAUUCUGAACAGUAUUUGACUGAAAACUGUGAUGUGUAUAAUGAAGAUGCAUUUAGUAAUGGAAUGUUGAGAGACGAACUAGUUGGGAAAGAGACUAAUGUAGACCAGUUGGAGAGUGAUACUGAAUCUAAUAAUAGUAGAAUGUCCGCGACAGAUGAUGCGCCAGGAAUUCUUAAACAUAGCGAUUCUUUACUACUUUUAACGGAGACUAUUAACCAAGGACUUUCCGGUUUAAGUAUACCUGACGUGCAAAAGGACGAUCUUACGAGACGACAAUCGCAAGGUCUCAGCGCUAUACUCAAUAACUGUGGACUCACAGACGCCUUGAUAGCUUUAAACAAUGAUCUCUCCCAUUCAGAAAGUGAUAAUGAUUCUCUUUACACACCAACCAAUAGUCCUAUACGUAAGCAUCAGAAAGCUACGAAUAAAGUAGUGAGAACGAGCUUCGGUUUACAUAGUCCUGAUUCGACUCUAGACAAUAAAGAGUCAAAUUUAAAGGAGUAUUUGAAACAGCUUAGAGAGAAGAGUAGUAAAGAGGAAGAGAAAGCUAACUUCCCUUAUUAUGAAGAAACUAGCGUCGAUAACGAUGCGGAGCUUAUAGACUUAACCUUGAUCCCACCCCCACAAACGCCUGAUGAAUUAGACUGUGCGACGCAAGUGCCUCAAAUAUUACCAGUCGUGCCACCGUCCUUCGCGGACGAGAAGAAAAACUCUCUAGAAAAUUUAAACGAAACACCUAAGAAAGGUGAUAUAGAAGAAUUCAUAGCGAAUGUAACUGUGCAGCCUCCUACUGUAAGAGUCACUCCUGCAAUUGAGCUUACACCUGAGGAAAUCAUGUCUUAUAUUAUUCCUCCACCGCCGGGAUCAAAUUCCUCAACUUUAGAUAGAGAACAAGUUAGCUACGUCAACCAUAGUCAGAUAAUGGAAGCGAAACAACAGAACCAUAAAGAUGCCAAAGCAAAUGGUGAAGUAGUUAAAGGAACGCUCAGUGUCAGUGAAAUAAGAAAUAUGUUUACGGCGAAAAGUUUAAGUGAUGCUAGGAAUAGUCUAUUAUUGAAAGAGAAAAGCAAAACUCAAGCUCAAACUAAAUCAGAUUCACCGAAGAGUAAAAGAAAAAGUGUUACGGAUAAAACAGCGAACGGCACAGCGCACGUAAUUGAAUAUCCUACUGUUGAAAGGAAAGGUAUGUUUUCAUGUUGUAGCAAAGAUAAGAAUAAAAGCGAUGAUAGUGAUGAAGCGGAUAAAGUAGGUCAAGUUGAGAAAUCGGAUUCCAUGCCAGAUGUUUGUGAAAUCAGGCCACCACCGAGAAGAAAAAAUGUCGAUAACAUUCAACCGCCUGAAAGACCUCCUAAAAAUCCUCCCCCACCAGCGCCGAGACCACGAUCUAAUUCUUUUACAUGUCCAAAUAAUGAGUUAACAGCUGUAGAAAUCCCAAACAAUCACUUCAGUACCUUAAACAACAGGAGACUCAACUAUAAAGUUGUCUGCGAAAUAAAUGAUCAAAUUCAGCCGCCACUCCCACCUAGAUUAGAACCUAAAGUUCUCUCCCCUCCGCCUCCAUUACUACUUCCACCUAAAAAGCCUCCUCUACCUCCCGUGCCGAGCAUCGAAGUUCUCCGAAUGAAGACAUCACAAAAACAAUCACCGAUUAGAGAGCAGCGGCUAGCUAGUAUCGGUUCGCCGCACUUCCAAAGAAACUUAAACUCGUACAGAAACUUAGAAAACGAGAGCCGACUAGAUGACGAGCAAAGCAUACGAUCCACGCCAAACUAUAGCUCGAUGACGCUUCAAAGCAGACACGUUCGAUCCAGCUCCGAAACUAAAAACACCAUCUUAAAAAACAACGAGAUGUCGACAGUUCUCUCAUUAUGUUCUCCUCAAAUGAAUCGUCGAUUCAGCAACCGUCCGGAUCUUUUAAACGGAGCGGCGGGGAACGAUUCGAAAACGUUCAGUCCGCCGACGGACAGGAAAUUCCGAGCGAGUCCAACUCCAAAAGUCCAGAACCACGUGCGGUUUAAAGAUGAUGUCGUGGAUGAUAUCCCCACUCCACCGUCGCCUCCAUUAGUGUUCCCCGAGGCUAACGGAGUGGUGGGGGCAGAAGCGUUGCUCUUAGCGGCCGAGGCGGCGGCGACGGGCUUGUUGUCGAGGCUGCACGCCGCCGCACAGAGGGCGCAACACCAACAUGCACACGGGGGAGGGGAGGACAUUGAUGAACUGAAGUUCCAGCGGGCACGAAGUGAAUUAACUUCCUGCGCCGUGACACUGGUGGGGACGUCCCGGACGUUGGUGGGGGCGCUGGGGGGCGCCGGGGCCGUGGCGCCCGCGCUGGCGGACUGCCUCACCCCUUUGCGGAGAUUGGCCGACCUUGCACAGGCCCUCGGCAGACACACGUCGUCCCCGCUGCAGACGCGCAACCUGAUCCUGCGCGUGCACGACGUGACGGCCGCCUUCAGGGAGCUGGCGGGCGCCGACGUGGCGCGCCUGCUGCGCGAGCCCGGCGCCGAGCGCGACCACAACUCCACUCUGGAGGGACAGCUCGCGCUGCGAGCCGAGUGCUUGGCGAACGUGCUGGCGACCCUGCUCAGGAGUUUGAGAGUUUUUUCGCCGUGAACAUGAAUGAGAAUUAAGGAGUGUAUUCACUAGCAUUAUUGUCACGCGAUUAUUAUUAUUGAUGCGUAUUGCGAUAUAAUUGAAAUUUUGUAAUCCGCCGCAUGGGGCGCGACGAAGUUUUUAUUUUGCCGUAGUUUUUUUUUCCGUCAGAUUUUGAUAAAAGUUUAUGAGCUUCUCCUUCUAGGCGGAAUAAAUACGAAAUCCUAUUUUGAAAUAAAAAUAUGCAUGUUAUUUUCCGCAUUACGUUUUCGUAACGAAGAUAAAGAAUUAUAAUUAUGUCGAAUUACAAAAAAAUAAAAAUCAACCCAUACGAUAGUGAUAAAAUAAGGGUCAAAGUGUCCAUGUAUCACAAACUUUAUAUAUUUUCAUUUUGAAAUUACGUAGGUACAAGUAAAAUAUAAUACUCGGAAAUGGUAUGGUUUUACUGUCGUCCGUUGUUCAGUAUGAUUGCCCUUUGGAAAAUAAUUUGGUCGAAAAAAUAAAACGGCCAUAGUUAUAAAGAUAAACUUUUUCUGAACACGGCGACCAUAGAUUUAAUUUGUUAUAAAGUUCCAAUAUGUAUAUUUUCCAUUCGUUAGUUAAGAUUUCUGUUAAAAUUAACCGUUACUAAAAAGAGACCAAAUAAAAUUAGGUACGUUGGUAUAAUUGUAGUUAGCGACACUUUGCGUUAAUUUUAGUUGUACUUUUGUAAAUUUUAACAUGUGUUAAUGUUUAUAUUUGUUGAUAGUAUAAUUUUCGUGUAGUUUUUAUCUUAAGUAACAUAUUAGGGUGUAAUUUACUUUUAAUUAUUGAGGUGCAGAGGCAAGCAUUAAUAUAUUGCGUAUAAUACACAAGAAAUGGUUUAACCAACAUUACGAUUUAAAAAAAAACUGUAUCAUAGAUAAUAAAAACCUCUUGCAUCUCUAUGCAAUGCACCCUCUUCUAUCGCUCUAUUAUUCCGUAGGCAGUGUUACCAUAAUAAAUACUAAGUUUACGUAUACAUAUCUAUUUACAUAAAGUGUUGUAUAUUUCUAUAGGUAAGGAAGUGUGAUCGGAUUUUAGGGUGCAAACUAUUGUGUAAUCAUAUUCAUAUCUCUUGAAUGUCUAAACUAAUCAUAUCUUGUAUCGUUUUUAAAACAAUAUUGAAUAAAUUUUUGCAUGCUUUUCUGUAUCUAGGUAUCUACUCGAAAUUGGCAUAAAAUUUCAGGGUUAAAAUAAAACAAAAGUUUUCUAAAAAGCUCUUAGCGUAGACAAUUUCAAUGUUUUUUUAUUUGAAAAUGCGUGCUUCCCGCGCUUUUGCAAACUACGGUGUUGCCAUAUGAGAGUUUCGUUAAAGUGAAUGUUGCCAGCGUUUUGAUAUCGCGAUGUGCUGAUAUUUAAAUAUUGGUGCUAUUUUUAAAUGUACGUUUUUGUAACAGAAUUGGUUGAAAUUUGCUUUAAACAGUCGACUGAGAGGUGAGAGCGCCAGUGAUUUGAAUUUCUAUUGAUUUAAGGCCGAACCACACCAGUGCAUAAUGCACUCCAACUCACUACGUAAAUACAUAUGCGGGUAUAAUCUUUGUAUUUAACCCUUUAACCCUCAUCGCCUUUUUAAAGUUAUAUAAUUCUGCAUAAGAAAUAAAUACAAAAAGACGACUCAAUAGAUGACGCCAUUACUGCCGUAUAAUAUCCAAGUGUACCCUAGAAAGGGUUAAUUUAUUAGCGGUCACAUCGCUUGCGUAGCCGUAUUUGGUGUGUAUUGGCCUUUAAGCUGCGCAAUGAUGCAACAUGAGCAAUAUUUAUACUGUAAGCCUGUUAAAGUACAAUUUUUUUUCACAUACCAAUUUUCGCGGUAACCAAAGACGAUUGUGUAUAUCCAGUUUUAUUUUCAUAUAUUUUAUAAAAACGUAUUAAUUUUUAUGUUUCGUUUUCUUUGGCUUUAAUUUUUUUUCCUAUUAGAUAACAGAUGAACCACUAGAUAAAAGUAUAUACUAGAGAUUCUUCUCUUAAAAUCUGAGCAACUUGAACACACACUUGUACAAAUAAUUGAAACCAAGUAUUCGGCUGUUAAGGUAUCACAUGAUAUGAAGGUUUGCAAAAUACCAAUGGAGUGCUAACGAACAAACUUUUAAAACCUUUGGUAAUUAUAUGUUUAACUUGAAUUGGGAAUUACAAAAUGAAUUAUUAAUAGUCCGCAGCAAGCUUCGGUUCUCCAUAAAUAGUACAUUACGAUAAAAGUGCGAAAAAUAGGAAAUUCGAAACGAGUGGCGAUAAAUUAAAACACGACCGAAGGGAGUGUUUUAAAUCGACACGAGUUGCGAAUUACCUAUUCGCACAUGUAUCGUACAACGGUUUACAGUACAUAUGGCUCUUUAAAUGUUCGACACAGUAACGUAAUAUGCUAAUUUUCGCACUAGUGCGGUAAAGUGGCACCAUGUGUACUGUAAACGUAGUUACGCUCUCAUUUUCAAACAACUACUUAGCUGGAUUGCUCUGAAACUUUGUACUUACAAUAGGAUAAGGUAUAUCUAUGCCUGUUAUUAGUUUAUGUAGUUACAGAUACCAUACUAAAAAAAACAGCGAAUUUAAGUUUUUCGUACAAAACUUGUAUUUGCUCUACAUAUUUCCAACUAGGGUACAAAUCAAAUUAUUUUAUGAUUUUUUUUAUUUGUUUUUUUAAGUAGUCACACUACUAUUAUAUCAAUUAUAAACUGAAAUAGGUGUCAUACCUACACUAAAGAAAAAGUGACCUGUUUGAGUUUGCUCUUUUUCAUUUGUUUUAUAAGCUGGAGCUAAUACAGGCAUAAAUAUACCCCAUGUCAUUGUAUGUGCAAAGUUUCAUAACAAUCCAACACUUAGAUUCAAAAUGAGAACGAAACUCCGUUUGUAAAUUAAAGGUUAGGAAAGCAUCUACAAUAUCAACAUAUUUUUUUUUUUUUUAAAGAAUAUCAACAUAUUAAUCGUUGUGUUAAGUUUUUGUUAAAUUAUUCUAAUGUUACACGAUAAUCUCAAUAUAAGAAAUAAAUUGUCAGAGUCGGGCCAAGCUAACUCCACGUGGCUUUUGCAAUGACAGAGUGCGGUCAUGUCAUAAUUAAUGUCGAAUUUAUAAUGACACCGCUUCACUUUGUUUUGUCUAAAUCGGUGCAAAGUUAGCUUAGACGAACUCUAACCCUUUUAACGUCCAUAUUGAUAAUAAUUUUUAUACCUAAAGCAAUGGUUUCCUAGGAAGCGAUGCCGUCAUAUAGCGGCCGUAAUACAGCGGUUGAAUGACAUCACUAGAAUGUUGUCUAUGCAAACAAAAUGGCGCGUUUCCUAGGGGGCGGUGAUUGAAGGAAUAUUUUUUUUGCGUCCGUAAUAUUGCGUCCGUAAUAUUACGGCCGUUAUAUGACGGCACCUAGGAAACCAGAGCUUAAGCGUUAAAAUAAUCUUCAUGCAAAUUGAAGCUCUUAAGAUAAUUCUCAGGUAAUUAGGCUCCUUGUCAACUGGUUUGACUUCUUAUCCUUUCUAAGAACCAACCAACGUAUGAUGGACGGAGUUAUCCACGUGAUUGAGAGUGAAAGAGACGGACACUCAUUAUCGCGUCGUCACGUCCAAGUUUAACCAUCAUAUCCAUGUGUGUGUUCAAGUUGCAAUCAAUCUAAUUAGACUCUACGUGUAUGCACGCAUGCAUAGAGCAUACUUGCAUAUGCGUGAGAGACGAAUGCUAUAUAUAAAGAACGGAAGAUAGACAAGGUAACAUUGUAUCACAAUAAUAUGAAACCAAUUUAUUUAUUGUUUAUAAUAACAUAAUGCAAUGCAUUUGAUGUAAUAAAUGAUAAAUUCAG